GGUGCCGUGGUUGUGUUGCGUCUUGUUCUUCUGCUCCCUCUGGAGCUCGCCCGGUCGCAGUGUCCCGACGGCUGCCACUGCGCCUGGGACACGGCCACCGUGCUGUGCUCGGACGCCGGCCUCCAAGAGAUCCCCGUGGGGAUCCCGCCGGACACGGUGUCGCUGCACUUGGAGCGCAACAAUAUCCGGAGCCUCCCCGAGAGCGCUUUCGUGGAGCUGGCCCAUCUGCGGGACCUCUACCUGGCGCACAACCGCAUCGACUCGCUGUCUUCGGGGGCCCUGCGCCGGCUGGGUCCUGAGUUGCGCCUUCUGGACCUGUCGCACAAUCAGCUGAGGCAGGCCAGCCGGGACGAGUUCGGGGGCACGCGGGCCAAGACGCGCCUGUACCACAACCCCUGGCACUGCGACUGUACGCUCCAAGAACUCAUGGAGGCGCUCAACCUGGAAGCCGAGACGGUCAACGGAAUCGUCUGCGAGAGCUCAGUGCGAGGGCUGGGCGAGGCCAGCCGUUGGGAGGACCCGGGCGUGUUGGGCGAGCACGCCGGUCAGCCUCUGGUCCGACUCCUGGACUCGGGGGUGAACUUCUGCAGUUUGCAGCGCAAGACCACCGACGUGGCCAUGCUGGUCACCAUGUUCGUGUGGUUCUUCAUGGUCAUCGUGUACGUGGUUUACUACGUCAGGCAGAACCAGGCCGAGGCUCGCCGGCACCUGGAGUAUCUGAAGAGCCUACCGAGUCCUCGUAAGACCCCCACGGAGACGGACACCCUGAGCACCGGCUUCUAAAUUUUUAACCCCUGUGACUACUGAAAUACUAUAUGGCUUCUUGGUCAAGCCAAAUGGUGUAUCUGUUUGCCUUUUUAAGUCAGAACAGUUUUUCUGUGGCACACACAUAGUUCGAUCACCCACUAUUGUGCCCACCUGCGAAUUGCAAACAUCAGCGAAUGAUCGAAUACCCACUAAAAUGAUUUUGUAAUUGCAUUU